AUGGCUAAUGCGAGCCCCUGCAUGACCUCGGGGGCGAUGGCCCAGGUCUUCUUCCCCCCGGGGGGUCCCUCACCCCCGGGCUCAGCUGUGAUGCGGCAGGGGACCCCCAUAUCCAUGCCUUCUGUGAGUGCCCAGGGUGGCUUUCCCGUGAUGGACCUGACACCCGUCCAGUGCCCCGUUGGGGCCGUGAUGCCUUCGCUGCCUCCCACCCCGGCGGGAGUCUCUUUCAUCAUCCAGAUCGGUCUGACUAGAGAAUCCGUCCUGUUGCCCCAGACUGCUGACCUGGCCUAUGUGAAGCAAAUAGCCUGCUCCAUUGUUGACACCAAGUUCCCUGAAUGCGGCUUUUAUGGGAUUUAUGACAAGAUUUUGCUGUUCAAGCAUGACACGUCCACCAACAACAUCCUUCAGCUUGUUAAAGCUGCAAGUGACAUUCAGGAGGGCGACAUGGUGGAGGUGGUGCUCUCUGCGGCAGCCACGUUUGAAGAUUUCCAGAUUCGGCCCCACGCACUCAACGUUCACUCUUACCGGGCCCCGGCCUUCUGCGAUCACUGCGGAGAGAUGCUGUUUGGACUGGUCAGACAAGGACUGAAGUGUGACGGAUGCGGACUUAACUACCACAAACGUUGUGCGUUCAGCAUUCCCAACAACUGCAGCGGAGCCCGCAAACGCCGUCUGUCCACCACCUCUCUGAGCAGCAGCCAGUCCCUGCGUCUGUCCACCACUGAGUCGGUGUUCAGUGUUGGCACCGCCUCCACCUGUGCGGAAGACAUCAGUCUCAUUCGUUCUCACACACAAAUGCCACGGACCCCAAGUGAUGCCCGCCGUUUCUACACAGGCCGACCGGUCCACCUGGACAAGAUGCUCAUGAGCAAGGUGAAGGUGCCCCACACGUUUGCUGUUCACUCGUACACACGGCCAACAGUGUGCCAGUACUGCAAGAGGCUUCUGAGAGGGCUGUUCAGACAGGGUUUACAAUGCAAAGAUUGCAAGUUCAACUGCCAUAAGCGAUGUGUAUACAAAGUUCCCAAUGACUGCCUUGGGGAAACAAUUGGAGACAUGCUGAGUCCCAGUACAGACCCUGAGGUGCCAAUGGACUACAGCAGUGAGUACGACGCCUCGGACAAGUCUUCAAUGGACGACUCAGAUGAGGCCUGCAGCAUCCCUGGGUCCUUCUCUCCGGACAACAACCAAGAUGGAACCAACGGAGACCAAAGUGUUUACAUCCCACUAAUGAGGGUGGUACAGUCAGUGAGACAGACAACCAGAAGGUCCAGCACAGCUAUCAAGGAAGGAUGGAUGGUUCACUACAGCAAUAAGGACACACUGAGAAAGAGGCAUUACUGGCGUCUGGACUGUAAGUGCAUCAUCCUUUUCCAGAAUAACACCACAAACAAAUACUACAAGGAGAUCCCCCUGUCUGAGAUCCUGGAGGUGCGUCCUGCUAGUGACUUCACACUAGUCCCACAAGGCACCAAUCGCCACUGCUUCGAGCUUAUCACCGGCACCAUGUGCUACUUUGUAGGGGAGGACCCCAACACCCUCCCCACCGUGUCUCCCAGCAAUCCCCAGACCGCCCCUCAGACCCCCCCCUCUCCAAGUCAGGUGGCGCCCAACAGCGGAAUUGGUCGCGAGGUGGCAAAGGCAUGGGAGUCUGCCAUUCGCCAGGCGCUCAUGCCGGUCAUCUUUCAAGAUGCUCCACCGGCUGAGGGCAAAACGCCUCACAGACAAGCCUCUAUCAGCAUCUCUGUAUCCAAUAGUCAAAUCCAAGAAAAUGUGGACAUUGGGACUGUGUAUCAGAUUUUUGCUGAUGAAGUGCUUGGAUCUGGACAAUUUGGAGUAGUUUAUGGAGGAAAGCACAGGAAGACAGGGAGAGAUGUUGCCGUAAAAGUGAUCGACAAACUUCGAUUUCCCACCAAGCAAGAAAGCCAGCUGAGGAACGAAGUGGCAAUCCUACAGAGCUUACGUCACCUCGGCAUCGUGAACCUGGAGUGCAUGUUUGAAACCCCAGAGAAAGUUUUCGUGGUCAUGGAGAAGCUUCACGGUGACAUGCUGGAGAUGAUCCUUUCCAGCGAAAAAGGCAGAUUGCCCGAGAGGCUCACCAAGUUCCUUAUCACACAGAUUCUUGCCGCUCUCAGACAUCUGCACUUCAAGAACAUCGUUCACUGCGAUCUGAAACCUGAGAACGUCCUGCUUGCCUCUGCAGAUCCUUUCCCACAGGUGAAGCUAUGCGACUUUGGCUUUGCUCGAAUCAUUGGCGAAAAGUCUUUUCGUCGCUCUGUGGUGGGCACGCCUGCCUACCUGGCACCAGAGGUUCUGCUGAACCAGGGCUACAACCGUUCGCUGGACAUGUGGUCAGUCGGUGUCAUAAUGUAUGUCAGUCUCAGUGGGACCUUCCCCUUCAAUGAAGAUGAAGAUAUCAAUGAUCAGAUCCACAACGCGGCCUUCAUGUACCCUCCCAAUCCCUGGAAGCAGAUCUCAAAAGAUGCCAUCGAUCUGAUUAACAACCUGCUGCAAGUUAAGAUGAGGAAACGCUACAGCGUGGACAAAAGUCUCAGCCAUGCAUAUUUACAGGACUACCAGACGUGGCUGGAUCUGCGGGAGCUGGAGACGAAACUUGGCGGGCGUUAUAUCACCCACGAGAGCGACGACAGCCGCUGGCAGAUGUUUGCCCGGGAUCACACCUUGCCAUACCCCGCUCACCUGGUGCCCCCCCCCCCUGCGUCGGCCUCCGACGACGAAGGCGGGGACGAUGCAGACAUGCAAGGCCUGACCGAAAGGGUCAGCAUUCUCUGA